AUGAGUGGAGUCAUUGAAGACACUCUUAUCGAGAUCGCGAUUGUUGGUGGCGGCAUCAUCGGACUCUCACUCACCGCAGGCUUGAUCAAGCAAAAUGUCAAUGUCAAGCGCUCUCAGAUUAGGGGGUUCCGUAGCGAUUUCUCUAACCUAGAUGACAAUGACCCGAACGAUAACCUACGGUGGGUUCAUGGAUACAACAAGCGUAAAAAAGAAGACCCCUUUUAUCAGCAAGCGUUAUUCAAGGUUGAUGCAGGAUACCAUGGCUUUGACGGAACACGGCGUGACCGUUUCUUAGAAGCAUUGGAUAAAAUCAUCCCACGGAGGAUCGUAGAACUCAAGAAGCGCCUAGAUACAAUUGAAAAGAAAUCUGAUGGGAGAAUCCAGCUUAAAUUCACUGAUGGAACAUGGGCCGAGGCUGAUUUUGUUAUUAGAACCGACGGUAUCAAGUCCCGUGUUCGCGAACUCAUGUUUGGUCUCGAUAACCCAAUCUCCUUUCCGCACUACACGCACCAGAUCGCAUACAGAGCCCUAAUCCCGAUGACCAAGGCCAUCCAGGCGCUCGGAGAAUACAUAGCUAGGAACCAGCACAACCACGUUGAACCGAACGCGAACUUGAUCUACUAUCUGGUUGAGAACCAGACUAUGAUCAAUACGACAGCCUUUGUGUUUGAUCCCAAUGAGUGGCCAGACGACAAGGUCAUUGUUGUGCCAGGCCUUCGCACUGACUUGGAGAAAGCGUUCGCGCAAUGGAAUCCUUGUUUCACUGCCCUUAUUCAGCACUUCCCCGAGAAACUCGAGAAAUGGGCUGUUUUCGACACGUGUGACUAUCCAGCUCCUCACUUCAACCAGGGCGUUAUCUAUUUAACCGGCGACGCCGCGCAUGCUUCUAGCCCGCACCACGGCGCUAGCGCGUGCUGCGGUAUUGAAGAUGCGCUGUGUCUGUGCACUCUAAUAGACCAAGUGAAUUGUUCGCUCCGUGGAAACUCGGCCAUUACCAAGGAAGAGGCUCUCUGCGCGGCAUUUAUCGUGUUUGAUGCAACACGCCGUACCAGGGGUCAAUGGCUUGUCAAUAGUAGCCGUCGUGUAUGCGACCUGUAUCACCAGCCGGAAUGGAGCGACGAGAAGAAGUGGAUCAAAGCCGAGACGUGCUUUGAAGAGAUCAAGGAUCGAUCUCUGAAGAUUUCGCAUUUCGAUUACGAUGCCAUGAUGAAGACAGCAGUACAAGAGUACGCUAAAAUGUUACCUGCUAAGGUGUAG